UGUCCCAUGAAGCACACACAUCCCUGGGAGGAGUGCUGCUAUGCCCACCCCCACGAAAACGCCAGGAGGCGCGACCCGCGCAAGUACCAGUACGUUGCAGAGCCCUGCCCCGACUACAAGCGCGGCAUCUGCCUGCUGGGCAGCGCAUGCCCCUACGCGCACGGUGUGUACGAGAGGAACCUGCAUCCGUCCAAGUACCGCACGCAGAUGUGCACAGAGACGGGGCACUGCAGCCGCAAAGUGUGCUUCUUUGCGCAUGAGACCUGGCAGCUGCGC